UUCAACUUCAGAUGAAUAUCAUCCUGUUUCAUUGAUUUUAACUAAUCAAUUUUCUGAAAGCAAUUCAAUUUCUUUCUCAUUAUCUUUUUGUAAUAUUUAAAAACUCAAGACACUAUGAGGAUCUUAUGUUUGUUCUUAAGGCCCACUCAGCUUUCAUUGACGAUUGCUUUGAUGCUUUCAUAGUGGGAGCUUGCAUACAUCAUUUGGGCAUGGGAGACAUCGGAUCUGAACCAAAGUCCAAUCAGGUUCUCUUUGAGGCAGUCUCAUCUGAAGACAAGGUGCAAUUCAUUGCAAAUAUUGCUUCAGAAAUACAGAGGAAGUAUAUCAAUCUGGAAAAUGAUUUGCACACCUUGGAACACACUUCUGAAGAACUUGAUAUGCAGGAGCAGCAAAUCAAGGACAUGUUUGAUGCAGGUGAAGGAAAAUACUCAUGUGUUGAAUGUCGGCGACCUUACAAGACACUUGGACAUUUGAAAAAUCACCUUGUAAGAGAACACGAGUGGCAGCUAUAUUAACAGAACCAAGAUGCUGGUGAAAAUCUUGAUCGAGUCGCCCUUUAUAGGGCAUCAUUUA